AUGGCUAAAGUUGAUACCUAUCACUCCUGUCCUGCGAUCCAUAGGCUGUCUCUGAAGACUAUCAACGAUGACCCUGAUGAUAAGCUUGAAAAUGGAUUUACCAGGUAAACUCGGUUCUGUAAUUCAACAUAGCCUGACUCCCAAAUAAAGCACAACCUGAAACCCUAACAUUAUGGGAAUAUAGUUCACAAGGGUUUCCAGCAUGGUGCCUAUCAGCACAAUAGUGCCCUUGAGGCCAUUGCCUGCUGCUCAGAAAAACUCUGAGUCCCCUCCCCCACUCACUGCCCACUUGGUCAUGAGAAGAUGUCUCCUGGUAUUCAUUUGCUCUCUGCACACCCCACCACAGCCUCACUGUGCCUGGGCCCAGAAACGGCUACGUCAGAUCAUAAAUACAAAUGUCAGCCCACUAAUUUACCUCGUCAUGCACUCCUAUGCAGGUUUACCUAGAAAUAAGCCCCAUUUAAACCCAUAGGAUGCAUUCUACCCCACCUAAGUGUCGAACUGUAGCCUUAACAGUGCAAUCCUAACCAUGGCUGAUCAGAAGUAUUGGAUUCAAUGGGACUAACUCCCAGAUAAGUGGGUUCAGGUGUGCAUUCUGAGCCAUAUAAUGGAUUUCCUCCUCUACCCUCGUCUCAGAAUGGAUUUUAGUAUCUGUUGAUUUUUUUUAGCAUGUGGGCUUUGAUUCUGACUGGAUUUCUACAGUCCCCCCACCCCCACCGCCGGCUCACCUAUUGUUUUCUGCCUUGACCGUCUAGGAUGGGUCUGGCAGAAAAUCUAAUAGAUGCGAAGACAAUGCAUCUGUCAGUAAGUUCCGUCUGGCAAAAUUCUUGUGGACAUCAAGCGAUGCGGAACUGAGGCGGAAGAUUAUUAAUGUGCUGCGUUUUUCAUAACGUCACCCGUGACAGUAAUAGCACUUGUGACUUCGGAAGGAAUGCAUGUUCCUCCACGGUUGUUGCCUAAUUGGGAGAGCUGGAGGAAUAGCAAGCGCACAUCAAAUGGGGGCUAAAUGUGUCGUUCUUUCGGGUUUUACUCUUUGAUUCUCAAGGACCCGCUCGCUGUGUGAGGAGGGCACGUCUCCCGAAUUGCACAGAGUCAUUUCCAUGGAGACGGGCGGCCUGCCUGAAUCUCGAAGAAGCUCAUUCUCAGGCAGUGGAGCGAUGGCUAGGUAAGCUACAUUUGGGAGAUGGCAUGGCAGUGACCUUGCAAGAGGUUAAUGGGAUCUUGCACUGGAAGCAAAGGGGCAGGGCGGGGCUGGCCAGCGAAAAUGCCUAAGAAAGAAAUUUUCGUUCAUAUCAAACUAUUAUAGAAGAAAUGGACGAUAAAUUGAUCACCAUCUGAACUAUUAGGAUCAUUGGAGCCAACUCCUAGGGGCCAAUGGGUCUUUGUACCCCUAAAAAAUAUUUGAGUGGGUCAGGCCACCCCAAAGUUGAAGAGCAUUGCCAUUCAAAUGGUGUGUGUGCACUGCGUCAUAUGAUUGACUGUGCUUAGUUUUCCCUCCCAAUAUUUUAUUCAAGUUGGCACCCCUGAUUAGUAUUGGAGGCGUGUUGCAUUGGGCGAUUAAGGUGGUAUUCGAAGCAUAUUCUUUUUAGUUCCUUGAGAGAAUGUAAAAUUGAGAGUGAAUUCUUGGUGAAACCUUUUUCGGUUUUCUAUCAGAAGUCACAUUUUGUAUUUGGCAUAACUCCCACUUCAGCAGUUUUCAUGGGAGGUGGUGGGGAACCACAAUCUUCUAAAAGGCCACCAUGGGGCUUGUCUCAGCACCAGCUAAAAUGAGGCUGUGUGGAGCAGCACUAAGUCCUUGCAAAAUGUUACCUUCUCUUCAAUGUUUUGUUGAUUGUGCGUCUGAUGUAUGAGAAAGCAUCUAGCUUUGCAAAUAUUGGCACAGAAAUGCUGGGUUCGUUCCCUUUAAUCACCACGGGGGGUUUCUUUCUCCAGAAUGUAACUUGGACGAAAGCAAAAUGUUCACCGUGCAACUUUGACAAAGAAUUGUUACUUAUCAUGUAAGCGGUUUUAGGUUAUGUGAAGGAGAGUGUUUUGUUAUUGUUGUUGGAGAAACCCAUGUUAGCAAAAAUAGCUUUGUCUCUGCAUUAGUAGUGGGGAGAACACAGAGUGUGAAAUAUGAAUACUUUAAUAGCGCAAGGUUCAGCCACACAUUUACAUUAUGGGACCAGCCCUACUUUUAGCCAGAGUGGGGAGGCCACCUUGGGCAGAUGUUUUGGGGUGUCAUGAAAUGGUAGCAAACGCUAUUUAUUAUCUUUGUUGCCUAGGAUAAGGAGAAAUCAUGUAGGAUUUUCUGGCUGCAGUGCCAUAAUAACUUGAAUAGCCCUGGUUAGAUGUGACAAAUUAUACAUAUAUCCCCCUGUGCACAUAUGUGUAAUAUUUACUUCAGAUGUUGAAAUUUAAAGAUGUUUUAUAUUGAAGUGUAGACAUCCACUUCAUCAAAUGGAAAUACAUCAAAAUGUAAGGAGUGAGGUGUUGGUGCUGACCUUUCAAGCCCUAAACGGCCUUGGCCCAGUAUACCUGAAAGAGUGUCUCCACUCCCAUCUCUCAGCCUGGACACUGAGGUCCUCCUCUGAGGGUCUUCUGCUGGUUCCCUCACUGCAAGAAGAGAACUUACAGGGAGUCAGGCAGAGGGCCUUCCCUGUUUUGGGAAGUUUUUAAUGUUUGAUGUUUUAUUAUGUUUUAAUAUAUGCUUCAAGCUUCCCAGAGUGGCUGGGGAAAUCCAGCCAGAUGGGAGGGGUAUAAAAUAAUAAUAAUAAUAAUAAUAAUAAUAAUAAUAAUAAUAAUAGGUUCUGCACGCACCAUGUGUUUAGUUUGUGAAAGUUUCAAACAGACCUUCAAUGACACAAUUACAAGGGAAUGCUAACCUUAGGAAACCUUCUGAAGUACGUGUACAGUUGUUCACUUUCCCCUGGUCAGUUCGUACUGCCUAGCUGUUCCCUCCAUCCUUUCAGGUUAUCGUGGUUCAUCUUAUCACUGCGAUCCUGGGCCAGGAGGAACUUACAUCAUGAAGACCAAAGGCCAGAUUCCUUUCUUGAGCGAAUCCGAGGGCCAGAGCUCAAAGACAUUCCCAGUAGAGACAGCAACACCCAGCUGAACUACGAUGAGGCAGAUGGAUUGAAAAAGUAAGAGGAUACAGCUUCUGUGGGAAGAUAUUUGCUUGGAACGUUGUGUUUACAGAGGAAGAAUGAUGCUGCCUGUGGCAGAGGGAUACUUAGUGCAAGUGCUUUUCUCCUAGGAAAGAAGGUGUCAGUACUCACCAUGCAAGGGAGGAUUCUCAGACUCUACCAGAGCAUUGUGCCUUCUUUCCUAAGCUGGGAAGAAGCUUCCUGGACUUUGGGAAGGAGCUACGAGGCUCUGAUUUCGGAAGAAAAAGCAUUGCUUAGUGCAGAACUGAUAGGUACUGAAUACUGUAUGGGAAAACUUUGGUCCUCCAAAUGUUUUUAGGUUCCAACUCCCAUCAUCCCUGACCACCGGCCAUGCUGGCUGGAGCUGAUGGGAGUUGGAGUCCAGCAUCCUCUGGAGGACCAGAGCUUCCUUGGCCCUGCUGUAAACAAUCCCAAAAAUUAAUUGGAAGUCUCGCCAUUAGCUUUAAUGCAUUGUGACUUGCACCUGUCAUGUAUAAGGGCUACAAGUCUAUAGCAAUAGUUUUCGGUGAAUGUACCCAUUCAGUCAUACUCCUGAUCAUGUAGAUUUAUGGCUGGAUCCUUUCUAUGACUUCCACCCCAGGCUUCCAGACUGAACUUGGUUGCCCAUGUUGAAAUAUGGAUGGUCUGCAAUGCAUGGCAAAUAGAGCUGUUUACUCAGUCUUCCAUAUUUUACACCAGGGCUGAGCAACCUGUGACCGUGCAGAUGCUGCUGGCUGCAAAUCCCAUAAUCCAUGCCCUUUGACACUGCUGGCUAUAACUGAUUGGAUUUGCAGUUCACCAAUAUCUGAAGGACCACAGGUUCCCCAGUCCAGUUUGAUGCCAAAUGAAACCAAACUUCUGCAGUGAGAAUAAUAAUGCAGAUUAAAUAAAUUUGCAGAGAUUUGCCUCUUUGGCAAAAAUGACCAUGCGCCCAAGAUUCAUUUCUCCCCCCAAAAGCUCACACUGUUGGGCAGGAAACAAUGCAUGGAAAGUGAGAAAGGAAGGGCAUAGAGGCUGGGAUCUGACUGUUGGUACAAUUGAGGGAGGAGAGAAUGGAAGCUGCUGGGGAGAAAAUGAGGACAGGACACAGCACAGGAAGCUGCAUUGUCCCAAGUCAGACCAUUGGUUCAUCUUCUUUGGUAUUGUCUGCACUGACUGACAGCAGCUCUUCAGAGUUUCCCAACCCUACCAGGAGAUGACAGCAACUGAACCUGAGAAUUUCUGGGUGCAUAUAAUGUGCACUACCAACCCAUGCAAACCCUCCUUCUCCAGCAGCCUUGUCCAUUGACAUUGGAACCUUGCCCGGGCCUCUGUGGUGUCUCAGCUUUCCCCCAAUAUUGCUUAUUUAGGUUUUCAACUUUUUCUCGCCCCUUGGACUACCCAAUCAGAAGCGAGUCCUUAGAAUGCUGCAUUGUGUGGCACAGGGACGCAGAGUCUGUGACCCUCCCCAUGCUCUUGGCUUCCAUCUCCCAUCAGCCCCAGCUAGUGUGGUCCAUUGUGAGGAAUGAUGGGAGUUGUAGUCCAACAGCAUCUGGAAGGUCACAUUCCUGGUGCAGUAGAUACCACAGAAUGUGCUCGGGGCUGGCUGUUUGUCAGGUCCCUGAGCUUGUAGAAUGUCUACACCUUAUUCAGUCAAGGAGAUAUUUCUAAACGUUUGCUCUGUGUGUUGACAGUAUUUAACCGUUUUAAGUAGUAGCCCCUGGAUGAUUAAAAGAGGGCAUAGAAUAUUAGAACUGUAGAGUUGGAAAGGACCACGAGGGCUGUCCAGUCAAGGCCCUGCAAUGCAGGAAUCUUUUGCCCAGCUUGGGGUUCAAACUCACAACCCUGAGAUUAUGAGUCUCGUGCUCUACCAACCAAGCUGUGAUACCCCAGUAAUCUGUGUUCUGUGUAUCUAGCACUAUCUGCUGUUGAUUACAAGGUUUGAGACCAAUCUGGGUGCUCCUUAACUGCAGGCUUCGUAUGUUCACUUCAGUUUAGAGUUGUGAGUCUCCACCUAUCACAGGCAGGGAAUCAAAAGCGUGCAUCACUGAUGCAACCGCGAUAUCCCUCCCUCCCCCAAAUGAUAAGCGUUGAACCUGGGCUCUCCAAUAGAGAGCAUUCCCCUUCCUUUGAAGUUCCAAAUUUGCAGCGUUCCAGCCAUGUCUCUGCUCUGCCGCGGUGUUUGCAGCAGCAGUAAAUAUGCCUGUUUUCUGCCAAGCCAGUCUUGGCACCGCUGCUGCGAGGAUGACUGGAACGGCUUGAGGAACACUUAAGAGUCGCAGCCAAACGGGUGCUAUAAAUAGCUGGAUCCUCCACCGUCGAGCAUUAGGACGCCUGAGACCAGGCUAAAGUGCUUCAAGCACCAGGCAUGGCCACAAACGUGUGUGAGCUGCACGUGAACAUGGGUGCCUGGUGCCCUGGAUAGUUACGCAAAGGAGCUUAGUGCUGCGGUCAAAGUUGACCUCCUUAAUCUUGUCAGAAUCUGGGAAGGCCUAACAGUGCAAUGAAUGAUGGAGGUAAAGAUAGUUGCACACAGUGACCAAUGUAUUAAAUGAUGCUUUCUGCAUUGCUCUUUUAUUCACCCAUGCAUUUACUUGUUAAUUUUAACUCACUGUAGUCAAUGGGCUCUGGCCAGAUUUAACAUCAACUAUUCCAACAACACCAAUGAAGAGUAAGUACGUAGAUGAUCUGUGGCUUGCCUAGUCCCUCCCCACUGCUGCAAAACAUGCUCCUCACAACUGUAGAUCAAUUGUCCUCCCACCCCCCUCUUUUUAAACCCUAUUUCAGCUGCCAUGCUUUUGUGGAAAAUCUCUUCCUUGUAGAUGAUAAUCUAUCCCUUUCCUUCUGGUUAGUGAUGCUGCUACUGUAGUUGGGAAUUUACACACUGUAGUAUUUUGGGGGAGGGAACCCCUUGCCCUUGUAUUUAUAGCCUUACUUUGAAUCGUAGCCUCCUGGCUGAUUUUGUGGAGCUUUUCCCAUGUAAAUUCAUAGAUAAAAUCUGUCCAUUCUUUUAAGUGGGCUGUGUUUUGACAUAACACUGGACUCACACCACAUUUAAGCAAACUGGCUGAUGUGUGAGCUGUGCAUUUGGUGUCACACUCCUCAUUUCACUCAUUUCUUAGUUCUGUGGGAAAACAAGCCACUUGGCUUGGUAUUAAAUCUAAACCUGGGCUCGUAGUUUGUUUCUCUCCAAACAAACCAAGGUGGAGCCAAGGUUUCACCCUUGGCUUCUCGCCCAUGGAUUGUUUGUGAGAAGCAAACCAUCAGUACUGGUUUGGAUGAUAUGGAAGCCAAGUCAGCUGCUCUGUAGUUUGUUUCACCACACAACUUAGAGGAGGAACAAAGUGGGAGUGCAUGAGCUGUGUGUAUCAGUGUGCAGCUCAUGCUCAGGCUAACUUGCUUAACUAUGGUUCAGUCAGGAAUGUGGCUCCUCUCUGCUGUGUAGGCCUCUGAGCAGCUUUCCCCCUCUCUCAUAGCACCUGCAUUGCUCAAACAAACCAUAGUGCUGUUUGUCAUGUCAUCUGAACUCAGACCACAGCUUGUUUCAAACAAAAGCUCAAGAGACAAGCCAGAAAAACGUCAAGGACAAACCAUAGUUUAUUUAUGGCUUACCGCUCAAGCAUUGUUUGAAACCAAUAAUAGCCUUGGUUUGGACAACAUGACAAGCAAUCCUGUCUUUUGGUUGAGCUGCGUGGGGCAGACAAUGAACCCAUCUGGCAGUGGGAAGGUACUUCCAUGGGUAAGCCUGUUUUAAAACUGUGGCUUAUUGUGAUGUUUGUGCCAGGCCUAAGCCUCUCUCUCAACAUCUCUCUCAUGUUUAAUAUUGUGUCUUUUAGCUUGAGUAAUCCAGGAUGCUUUAAGGCAGACUGGAUUUUCCUGGUAUUUCUCCUCAAUCACAUACAAAAUAGUCUUGUAAAAGGUAAAAGUAACGUUUACUCGCUCAGAAUACAUGUUGCAGAAUAACAGAUGGUAUAUCAGUUACGAAGUCUAGCUUAAAAGGGAGUCUGAUCAUGGAGCUCGGAUUUAGCAGAUGUCACCGAAGAGAGGAAGAGAAUGUGCCCAGGCAGGGAGGAGAAUAUAUCAGUACACCUUCCCCCUGUCAGGGCACAGCAGGUGGGUCUCUCACAGAGUCCUCUCUAGCAAACUUACAGGAAGACUCUGUGAGCUUCAGCUCCUAUCAUGUGCCUAUCUAGCGAAACAUGAAAUGUUGGUUUGACUGCAUGUUAAAUAUCCCACGUAUGGCUUUGUAAUUGUCAGAGAAGUAGAUUGGGCAGGGAACAAUCUUCAGGCACUAUUCAUUUCAGCUGGGCAGGCAUUCUUGGUUUAAUGAUAGGAGUCUUACAGCCGCUCUCAAGAAAGAAACAGCACCACGUACUAUCUAGGUAAUGGUGCAGAGGGACAACUUGACACAAACUCUCUAUAGAGAUUUCUUAUACUUCAUCAGACUUUAUUUCCCUACCCCACCCCAAAGAAAGGUGUCAGAAUGAUUCCUUAGCACACCAGGCCAAAUAGAUAAAUUCUGGGCUGUUGUGUGAAAGAUUUAUUGCUGGCAAAUGUAUAAAGUGUGUACUAAGCUCUUUCAAAAUCAGCCACAUUUUGUGUGUGUGUGUGUGUGUGUGUGUGUGUGUGUGUGUGUGGUGUUGCGUUCCUGACAUCCACCAACUAUUGUGAUGUGCACAAUAUUUUGUAUUAAACCAUGCAAGUAGCCAUUCGGGUAAACUUUAGACUGGCCUCCUCUAGUCUUCCUGAACCUGCUCCCUGCUUGCUAGCUCUCCAGCUGCUGAUGAGCCAACCACGUUUUGCUAAGUCUGUUGCACACUGUGUUAUGCAGAAAGAAGGAAGAAAAGAAAGAUGUUAAGGAGGAGAAAAAGGAGGAAAAGAAAGAGGAGAAAAAGGAGGAAAAGAAAGAGGAGAAAAAGGAUGACAAAAAAGAUGAUAAAAAGGAUGAUAAAAAGAAGGAAGAAGAGUAAGUAUAAAUUGGGAGAACUGCAUCUUUACAACACACUUCCUGCUCUGUACAGAAUUGAAUGGUAUAAUCAACUAACUGCUCCUGAGUCGUUUAGCUCUUGAGUGAUUGUCGUGUCGAAACCUACAAUCGGCUUUGGCUCUGGAAUAUUCAAACAGUGCAUUCUAGAAUGCUGCAGCCACUCAGGGAACCUGCCACGACUUACAGAGAAUUAGGGCCACCUUUCCCAGAACGUUGCGCAAACAUGGGAUAACUUUGGCACCUAUGCAGAAACAUUGCAGCCAUCAUUUGGAGCUGAGAGCUCCUUCUACAGGUGACAGCAGCAUGAUGUGAGCUGGUCCCCUGUGCAUUUUCCACACCAUGUUGUCUUCCUGUAUAAAGGCUUGCAGCUCUGAGUGUUAGGGCAAAACUCCUGUGACUGACCCCGUCCACAUGGCCACAGACCUUUUUAAACAGAAAGUAACAGCACUGCUGUAAGAUGAAUUCACAAAAAUAUGUAAACAUAUGUAAACAUAUAAAGGAUAUGCAAGUCAGGCUUGGCAAAGCCUGUGCUUUCUGGUUGUCCCCUUAGAGCAGUUUAAGAAAGUGCUGACCCCACUUGCUGGUUCCUUGGCACAUUGGCCAGUUAGGGCAGCAAAACAAGCUGUGUGGGUGAGAGAGGAAUGUAUUGCAGCAGUCUUUGGUAGGCUGCUGCACUCCAGAUGAAUUGGACUAGAACUCCCAUCCUCCCCUGCCGGGAGGUACCAAGUUGGCAAAGGUUGAACUAUAGGAAGUAAGUUCCUGCUAACCCCACCCUUUGAAUUUCUUGCACACAACUGGCCACAGUGGCCGGAGGAUUUGGCACAUUCAGGUUUGAUAGCUGAAGCUUCCAAUACUAAGGUUAUGUUUACUGCUAGCGUGAACAGAUGGGACGCCAUUGAUAUAGCCGCUAAACCUAUGUGCACUUCUAUAAAGCGCAAGGCUGUGCAUGCAUUCUUGGAGAUAAAUGGAUCCCACUGACUUCAACAAAACUGCCUUGGAAGGAAACGUGCCUAGCAUGGCAGCCUUGCAGUUCAAUCCUACGCAGCUUUACUCAGACAUGGCCGUGGGAUUUGCGCUUUGGGUCACUACCUAAGCUUGUGCCCACCGAUGAGGAUCAACUUCCUUGCAACACCAUGUCAAGGAAGGUUGGAAAGAAAUAGAACGCUCAAAAGGCAAAGUAGAUAAUUGAUUCCAAGAAGUGUGUUGCAAAGAUUGCAUCUCAAUUACGCUACUGAUGUGAGAAAACGAAGCAACAAUAGUGGUAGUUGUGUACUUUGCGUGCUGUAGACUUGUAGUAAUAGUACCUGCUGCCAUGCUGUGAUAGUAGUGAUUGUGCAGGUAGUGAAAGCUGGUUAAAAACAAGAUGUCUCGCUUCGGCCCUGUUCUGCAUUUACUGGCAAGGUUGUAAAUGUAAUGCUGAUAGUUUGGUGAGCAAAGUCUUUCACAUCUGUAUGAGCCAUCUGUUCGAUACCCUGUUCAGUUCAAGCCUUAAGAUGCUGUGAAUGAAGCAUCCUCAAUUUAAGCACAGGAUGAGACCACUUUAGCUGAUGACAAGCACUGACUGAUGGUCGGAUCAGUUAUACACCUGAGAAUUCCCAGACAUGCCCUCUUUUGGGGGUCCUACCCAGGGAGAAAUUUUACAUUUUAAAACAAAUGUCCUGGAUUUGGGGUUAAAAAAAUAAAAUAAAAAAUUGUGCAUGGGCAGUUCUGGGUCUGGUUCUGGCUUUGGCGGUGGUGGCCCAGGAUAUAGCAUGGGCGACUCAGGCUCAGCGGCGGAGCUAUCAGGAGAUUACCCUGAAAAAAACUCAACAACUUUUUGUGUCCGGAUUUUGUACCUCUUGAAAUAUGGCGACCCUAAGAUAAACUCGCUGAUUCCAAUUUAUGAACGUGGGUGCCAUGUUGGGCCAUACCAGAUGGACCAAUGCUGGCUAUAAUGUAUUUCUUUACGAAAUUGCAGCCUUCAGCGUACUGGAAGCGGGAUCUCUCUGGGACACGAGAUGCGCCUGUGAUCAAUGGAAUUUCAUGUGCUCACACCUGCAUAUUCUUAUUGCAAUUAUUUCAUUUAUUAAAUUAUAUACAGCCCCCUCAUCGCAAGAUCUCAGGGCGGUUCACAGAUAAAAUACAAGUUAGAACAACAACAACAAGUAAAGCAUUAAAACAAAAACAACAAAACAAUAACCCCCCGCUUCCCCCUUCUUUUCAGGAAGAAGAAAGAGGUCUUUGUGAUGGACCCUUCAAGCGAUCUGUACUAUAGGUGGUUGACCAUCAUUGCAACACCCGUAUUCUAUAACUGGUGUUUGAUAGUGUGUAGGUGAGGAUUAUUCGUUGGUGGGUACUUCUGUUGUCAUUGCCUGUUUCGGUCCUUUGUCUUUACUACUGCGCACGUUAGAUCUUCUAAAAAAACACAGCAAAUAUUUGUAUCUGAAUGCAACGUUGGUUGAUUUUCCUUUUCCUACUCUUGUCCUGGUGUUUGGUUUUUUCCCCAUUAUCAUUUUUAUAGUGUUUAUUUAUUUAUUUAUUUAUUGGCAUUCUUUCUUCUGAGACAGUUGUGCAGAUUGAAAUGGUAGCAGUUUUCAAAUCUGCUAUAUAAAUAAUACACAUGAAACUGCUGACUAUAUAUGAAAUCAUAUGUCUACCUAGCUUGCUUUGAAUGUCACUGUAGUUCAUUUCCUCUUCUUUUCCUCUCAAUUUAACGCAAGAGGCUACAACCUUGUUUUGCUUAAUAUAACCUUUCAGGCUAAUUUUAAAUAUAUUCAUGUUUUAUUAAUAUUUUCCCUCUCUUUUUGCUUGCCAUUCACUUUCAACUCGCUCUGAAAUCUGGAAUGCCUGCCUAGCUAUCUCUUGCUCAUUAGAUCCAGCUGUCUGCCUGUCUAUCAGCAACUCUAUUCAAGUGGUUUAUAUUAGCCCUACAAUUCUAUACUUUUAUCGAUACGCAGCUCUUUCUGAAGCAGGAACUACCGCCCUCCCCACCCCAUCCUCAUCUUAUUUGCAGCAAUCUCUUGCCACUUGUAACAACCUGUCACCGCCAUCUGGUGGGCUGAGUAGACCUGCAGUUCACAGAUCAUGAAUUAUAUUUUGAAUAGGCUGCGCCCUUGCACAGCUUUUCUUGGAUUAUUUGCUCAGUGCAGUUCCGCUAAAUUGAUUUCUGCUCUCCACUUUCCUUACCAGUAUCAGGAAGAUAAGCACAGGGGGAAUUACAACCUCAGAGAAUAUAUGGGAGAUGAAAGCAAGAGAUGUUUUAACGUAAAGUUGAACGUGUGGUUUGCUCUCCCCCAGUGCAACCUGCCUUGAACCGGUUGUUAGCUCUAAGCAAAUCUUCCAUUCCUUUCUGUUUGUUUAGAGCCUGUUUUGAUGAGCUUCAACUGGAACACAUUACACUUUGGCUGAUCUUGGACUAUUCCUCUGAUGUCAUCUAUGUCCUGGACACAUUUGUCAGGUACAGAACAGGUGAGUUGUUUGAGCAGUUUCCAAUAAUAAUAAUAAUAAUAAUAAUAAUAAUAAUAAUAAUAAUAAUUUUUAUUUAUAUCCCACCCUCCCCAGCCGAAGCCGGGCUCAGGGUGGGUAACAACAAUAAAACAGUACAACAGUACAACACAACACUCUAAAAUCAUUCAUUAUAAAAUUAAUUUAAAUCAAACCAAUGGCAACCAUUGAGCCAGAGCUCCGCGAAGAUUGCCGAAGGAGGGAGUCAGGCUGUGCCCUGGCCAAAGGCCUGGUGGAACAACUCUGUCUUGCAGGCCCUGCGGAAAGAUGUCAAGUCCCGCAGGGCCCUAGUCUCUUGUGACAGAGCGUUCCACCAGAUUGGAGCCGCAGCCGAGAAAGCCCUGGCUCUAGUUGAGGCCAGCCUAACCUCUCUGUGGCCUGGGACCUUCAAGAUGUUUUUAUUUGAAGAUCGUAAGUUUCUCUGUGGGACAUACCAGGAGAGGCAGUACCAUAGGUACGAGGGUCCUAGGCCGUAUAGGGCUUUAAAGGUUAAAACCAGCACCUUAUACCUGAUACUGUACUCCACCGGGAGCCAGUGCAGCUGGUAUAGCACCGGGUGAAUGUGAUCUCGCAGCGAGGACCCCGUAAGGAGUCUCGCUGCAGCAUUCUGCACCCGCUGGAGUUUCUGGGUCAGUCUCAAGGGCAGCCCCACGUAGAGCAAAUCACACCAUGAAUGGCAGCAGAUUCUGUCUGUCUGCGUGAAUCUGGACUCAAUUAAAUUAGGGGGGUGGGAUUCAUGCUGGCUUUGCCUCAGUUAUGUUCCCAGAUGUUUAUUUUUGUCAUCUUGGGCCAAUCAAGAACCCUUGCUUUGCUUUUACUGCCAAAAUGAAGUCUAGAUGUGAGCAGAAAGGACUUGAGCAUCCUGCUGCAGCCCCCUGUGUACUCUCAAAACCUGCUCUGUACAGCUGAGGGACCCUUCAGAUUUUGGGGGUGCAAAGGAAGGAAGGGGAAGGAGAGAGAGGUGAAGUUCUGUUGCGUGAGCAGAAAUCUGCUCAUGCAAUGUUGGAUUCUCCCCGCUGAUGUUAAGAUGAGCACUAUAUAAGAUGAGUAAUGUCAUGUCUUACCAUUUUUGUGUUUACCACCCUGGGGUCUUUGGGGAAGGAGAGCAGGAUAGAAAUUUAAUAAAUGAAAUGAAUGUGGCAAUGCCUGGUCAUACCUCAGAAGUUGAACAGAAUCUGUUCUGGAAGUCUGUUCGACUUCCGAAACGUUCGACUUCCAAAGCGCGGCUUCUGAUUGGCUGCAGGAAGCUCCUGCAGCCAAUCGGAAGCCACAGAAGCCCUGUCGGAUGUUCUGCUUCCAAAAGAACAUUCAAAAACUGGAACAUUCACUUCCGGUUUUCGAUUGUUCGGGAGCUGGAAUGUUCGACUCCCAAGGUGUUCAGGAGCCGAGGUACAAUUGUAUUUUAUUUAUUUCAAUAAAUAUUGAUGGCAAAACAAUAUUUUGCUAUAGAUGGUCACAAAACAGUUAAAAUAUUGAAAAUAAAUAUAUUUGAAAACCCAUGAGCAGCUUUCUGGGGUAGACAGUUCUGCUUAAGCAAUCUCUUGCCUUCUCUGUCCUUUUGCUUUUUCAGGUUUCCUGGAACAAGGACUACUAGUUCGCGAUGAAAAAAAGUUAAGACUGAAUUAUCAAUCUACUACGCAGUUCAAGAUGGACUUGCUCUCUCUUGUCCCAACAGACUUGGGCUAUUUUAAAUUUGGGAUUAACUAUCCUGAGCUGCGCUUUAAUCGGCUGCUGAGAAUUGCUAGGCUAUUUGAGUUUUUUGACCGUACAGAAACGAGAACAAACUACCCAAACAUGUUUCGAAUUGGGAACCUUGUCUUGUACAUUCUUAUCAUUAUCCACUGGAAUGCAUGCAUAUUUUUUGCUAUUUCCAAGCAGAUUGGAUUUGGAACAGACACCUGGGUCUAUCCCAAUAUAUCCCAUCCAGAACAUGGACGUCUGUCCAGGAAAUACAUUUACAGUUUAUAUUGGUCAACAUUGACAUUGACAACCAUUGGCGAGACUCCACCUCCUGUGAAAGAUGUAGAGUAUCUGUUUGUGGUCAUGGACUUCCUGGUUGGUGUGCUCAUCUUUGCUACCAUUGUCGGUAACGUAGGCUCAAUGAUCUCUAACAUGAAUGCCUCUAGGGCAGAGUUCCAGGCGAAGGUUGAUUCUAUCAAACAGUACUUGCAGUUCCGAAAAGUCACCAAAGACUUGGAAAACAGGGUUAUUAAAUGGUUUGAUUACCUGUGGACCAACAAGAAAACGGUGGAAGAGAAAGAAGUUCUGAAGUACCUCCCUGAUAAACUGAAGGCUGAAAUUGCCAUCAACGUCCACUUAGACACACUAAGGAAGGUACGCAUCUUCCAAGACUGUGAAGCUGGACUCCUUAUUGAGCUGGUGUUGAAGCUAAGACCCACGGUCUUCAGUCCUGGAGAUUAUAUCUGCAAGAAAGGGGAUAUUGGAAGGGACAUGUAUAUUAUUAAAGAAGGGAAGCUGGCUGUCGUGGCUGAUGAUGGUGUGACCCAGUUUGUGGUCCUAAGUGAUGGCAGCUACUUUGGAGAAAUCAGCAUCUUAAAUAUCAAAGGCAGCAAAUCUGGCAACAGGAGGACAGCCAACAUUAGAAGCAUAGGCUAUUCUGACCUGUUCUGCUUAUCUAAAGAUGACCUGAUGGAAGCUCUCACUGAGUACCCUGAUGCCAAAAAGGCACUAGAAGAAAAAGGACGGCAGAUUUUGAUGAAAGACAAUUUGAUUGAUGAGGAAGCAGCUAAAGCAGGAGCAGAUCCCAAAGACCUGGAGGAGAAAAUAGAAAAGCUGGAAGCUGCCCUAGACAUUCUCCAGACCAGGUUUGCUAGACUCCACGGAGAGUACACUGCGUCUCAAGCCAAAGUCAAGCAGAGACUUGUAAAAGUGGAGACAAAAGUGAAGAAGUUUGGAAGUGGUACGCUGUCAGGUGACGAGGGUGAAAAACCACAGGAAGAGAAAAAGAAUUAA